GGCUGAGCCGCGCUUGCCUAGACGGCCAACACUUCAACUUAUACUUGGACAAGUUCGACACGAAUCUACACACGUUACCUGUGAGAGGACAGUCAUACCAAGCAACAAUAGAUGUCGCACCAACGGGAACUCAUCUUUGUCUUGGAAUGAGCGUCUUUCGUUGCUUUUUUUCAUUCGUUCGUUUUUACUUAUUCGGAGUUCAACGUAAAGACUGGCACUGGGGUGAUAUUUUUAGUCCCUUAAACUCCCUCAAACACUGUAGGCUACUGCAGUGUUGGCAAGGAUGGCUUUUCAAUCGGCCCUCUUACCAAUAUUGGUCUUGGGACUGAUGACUAGUUUGGUGCGUUGUGCCCCCUUCCCUGGCAGGCUGAAUGGCACAGUGGAACGACACUGGGAGACACUCUACUCGCGGUCCUUGGCUCGGAUCCCCGGGGAGAAAAGAGAGAUAAACCGGGACAGCGACUAUCUUAUGGGCAUUAAACGGCUACGACGCCUUUAUUGCAAUGUAGGAAUUGGGUUUCAUAUUCAAGUUUCACCCGAUGGGAGAAUAACAGGAGUGCACAGUGAAAACCGUUACAGUCUCCUUGAGAUAUCUCCAGUAGAGAGAGGAGUUGUGACAAUCUUUGGCGUCCAAAGCAGUCUAUUCGUGGCCAUGAACAGCAAAGGGAAGCUGUACGGAUCUGUGAGUGUUCAUUACAACAACGAGUGCAAAUUCAAAGAAACUCUCCUGGCAAAUAAUUACAACGCUUACGAAUCGGUGGCAUACCCGACGAUGUACAUUGGACUAAGCAAGACUGGUAAAACAAAAAGGGGAAACCGAGUGUCACCAGCCAUGACGGUGACGCAUUUCUUGCCAAGAAUCUGAGUCACUCAGAAAUAGACUUAACCUCAAUAAAGGUGGGGUGAGGGGGACUCAAAACGAUGCACUUUCAACUGGAGUUUUAUGCAAGACUAAGUGCAUCAUCCUGUUUAACAUGUUAUGUAUAAGUUUGUAUAUCAGUUUAUUUAUUACGUAAAACAAUUUUGUAUUUGGGCGGGAAACAGGUCCUCACGUCAGGGGGAAUUUCAGAAAUCAACACAUUUAUUUAUGUUUUUUUAAUUUAUCAGAAGUCUGCUGCUAUUAAGUGUUGGGUAAGUGAGAUUCCUUUGUUGAAUUAUGGUUUUCUUUGCACUGUUUAUAGACAAAAUAUUCUACAGCGACAGAGCAAAGGAUACUUUUGUAUGACUUAUUUUUCUUCUAGGGAAUUAACUUCUAAGUCUUAGACCGAUGUUCAAACAAGGGAAAUAUCAAAUGAUUGGUUUUAGAAGCAGAAGCAAUUGUCCAAUGGCAGGACUCUUUGUAGGCAUUGGAGUCUAAUUGAAACAGUAUCAGCUUACUACUGGUUACAGAAUGAGCCGCGUUGAAGUCCUAUCCUCUCAAAUCUGUUUUUAGCUCUGCCAGGGGGUUGAACUUUGAACUUUUCUGCAGUCAAUCUUUGUCAGAUCUAUAAGACUCUGGAUAGAGAGAGGCAUCUUCUUGACAUUGUAUAAGCAGAGAAUUUGAGAGUUUAUAGGCAAGGUCAGUGUGCUGACACAAACGGCAGAAACCAUAGCCAUGGCUCUAUAACAUACAGCUUUUAUGAGGGGAAGUUUAAAAAAAAAUCAAAGUCCUCAGCUGUAUAGAGGAUAUAUGGAUCCCAAAAUGAUUCAUUUAAAUCACCACAAGUUCAGCAUCAGAGCUCCUCCCCGAGUGCAAAAAAAAGAAGGCAAGAUAAUGUAAUGAUUGUCACAGGUUGUUUUCUCCAAGUGUGUACA